UCUAACCGUACAGAGACUAUUAACUAAAACAAAAUUUAUCGGUUUCUUCUUCUUCUUCUUCUUCUUCUUCUUCUUCUUCUUCUUUCUCUGGUCAUCACAUAAAAUGAUCUUCAGUCACAUAUCAAAUUUUCCAUAUUAAUGAGAUAGAAAGCAUUGAUGUGUGCGUGGUGAUUCGUGACUGCUGUUAAAGUCCUAUCCUUCCAACCCAAGAGAAAUCUUGGGUCAACCAGUCAAUUGAGGAUUAUCAAACUAAAGCCUUCAGAGAAUUGUUGAAGCAGUUCACUGUGGCACUUAUGGAAUCAGCUGUUUGUUUAAGGAAUACCUCUGUUGUUGUUGUUAUUCUCAAUACUGGAGAAGUAUAUAUUGUUGUCAGCUUGUCUACGCGGAGUGAUACCCAGGUGAUUUAUGUUGAUCCAACAACUGGAUCACUGGGCUACAAUGGGAAGAAGGGAAUUGAUGUUUUUGGUUCUGAAGAUGAAGCUCUGAACUACAUAACAAAUGGAUCAAGGUGGCUGUUGUGUAAGAGUAGAACUUAUGCCAGGGCAAUACUGGGCUAUUCUGCCUUAGGAAGCUUUGGAUUGCUUCUAGUUGCAACUAAAUUGACCUCCACCAUACCAAAUUUACCUGGUGGAGGAUGUGUAUAUACUGUCACUGAGAGCCAAUGGAUCAAGAUUCCACUUCAAAAUCCCCAACCUCAGGGUAAAGGGGAGCUAAAGACCAUUCAAGAAUUUGCUGAGAUUGACAUUGAUGGGAAGCAUUACUACUGUGAAACAAGGGACAUCACUCGACCUUUUCCAAGUCCUAUGCCAUUGCAAAAUCCAGAUGAUGAGUUUGUUUGGAAUGGCUGGUUUUCAAGGCCUUUCAAAGAAAUUGGGCUGGCACAACACUGUGCUAUUCUUCUGCAGGGGUUUGCAGAAGCUCGAGUAUUUGGAAGCUCAGGUCAGCAAGAAGGAAUAGUUGCUCUUCUAGCUCGUCGCAGUAAACUGCAUCCUGGUACUCGAUACUUGGCUAGAGGGCUGAAUUCAUGUUUUGGCACAGGAAAUGAAGUGGAGUGCGAGCAACUUGUAUGGGUUCCUAGGAGGAAUGGCCAAAGUGUUCCUUUUAAUACAUAUGUUUGGAGACGAGGCACCAUACCAAUCCGGUGGGGUGCAGAACUGAGGAUCACUGCUGCAGAAGCAGAAAUUUAUGUUUCAGAUAAUCCUUAUAAGGGAAGCUUGCAAUACUACCAGAGGUUAAGUAAGAGGUAUGGUGCUCACAAUAUAGAAGUAACUGAUGGAGUAAAUCAGAACAAAAGUCCUUUGGUUCCUAUUUUAUGUGUCAACUUGCUCAGAAAUGGGGAGGGAAAAUCUGAGUCCAUUUUGGUACAGCAUUUUGAAGAAUCCAUGAACCAUAUUAGAUCAAGUGGGAAACUUCUGCACACUCGGCUUAAUUUAAUAAAUUAUGAUUGGCAUGCAAGUGUAAAACUGAAAGGUGAACAACAGACAAUUGAAGGGCUCUGGAAACUCCUGAAACAACCUACAAUAUCUGUAGGAAUUUCUGAAGGAGAUUAUCUUCUCUCACGGCAACAACUUAAUGAUUGCCAAGGAGAGCUGGUGUAUAAUGAAGACUUUGAGGGUGUUUUCUGCUUAAGAUCUCGCCAGAGUGGGGUAAUACGUUUUAACUGUGCAGAUUCUUUGGACAGAACCAAUGCUGCUAGUUAUUUUGGGUCCCUCCAAGUUUUUGUAGAGCAAUGUAGGCGGCUAGGGAUAUCACUUGACACUGAUUUGGCUUCAGUAUAUAAUUCUGGUGGGUAUACUGCUCCUUUGCCACCAGGCUGGGAGAAACGUUCUGAUGCUGUAACAGGAAAAACAUAUUAUAUUGAUCACAACACUAGGACAACAACCUGGAUGCAUCCAUGUCCGGAUAAACCUUGGAAGAGAUUUGACAUGUCAUUCGAAGAGUUCAAGAAGUCAACAAUAUUAUCACCAAUAUCUCAGCUUGCUGACCUUUUCUUGUUGGCUGGUGAUAUUCAUGCAACAUUGUAUACUGGUUCUAAAGCUAUGCAUAGCCAAAUCCUCAGCAUAUUUACUGAUGAACCUGGCAAAUUUAAGCAGUUCUCUGCUGCACAGAAUAUGAAGAUAACUUUGCAAAGAAGGUACAAAAAUGCAGUUGUCGAUAGUUCCCGCCAGAAGCAAUUGGAAACGUUUCUUGGAAUUAGGCUCUUCAAGCAUCUCCCUUCAGUUUCAUUUCAUCCUUUGAAAGUAUUAUCACGGCCACCUGCUUGCUUUCUGAAACCAGUUGUUAAUAUGUUCUCAAAUUUCAAUGAUGAAAGUGAUCUUUUGAGCUUCAAGAGAAAAGAUAUAAUAUGGAUUUGCCCCCAGUCUACAGAUGUUGUUGAACUUUUUAUUUACCUCAGUGAGCCUUGCCAUGUUUGUCAGCUUCUUCUCACAAUUUCACAUGGAGCAAAUGAUACAACUUUUCCAGCAACUGUAGAUGUUAGGACAGGACGCAAUCUAGAUGGACUUAAAAUUGUCCUUGAGGGUGCUUCUGUACCAAAGUGCUUAAAUGGUACAAAUAUGUUUAUUCCUUUAGCAGGUCCAGUUAGCUCUGAGGAUAUGGCUGUCACUGGGGCAGGUGUACGCCUUAAUGCUCGAGAUGCAUCUAGGUUUUCAUUAUUGUAUGAUUUUGAGGAACUGGAGGGAGAACUGGACUUUCUUACCCGUGUUGUCGCACUUACAUUUUAUCCUGCUGUUCGUGGAAAAACCCCUGUAACCCUUGGUGAGAUAGAGGUGCUUGGAGUUUCUCUUCCUUGGAGGGAUAUAUUUUCUAAGGAAGGACAAGGUUCAAAGUUCUACCAGUGUCUUAAUAAAUUUAAGGAGACAACCAACCAAUCCCAGGAGACCGACCCUUUUUUACAUACCAAUCCAUUUGCUGGUGCAUCCCCUGCCAAUGAAAAUGUGGUCCCACCAGUGCAAACAAAUACCUCCUCCAGCAUCUGCAUGGACCUCCUGACUGGGGAUAGCAUGUUUCCGGAGUCCAUAACUCAACCACCAAAACGAAAUGUCAGUUCUGUGGGAGGUGACUUUCUUAAUUUCUCAGACAAUGCUGCCACAGAGCACCAAGUUCCAGAAACAAAUAUUAAAUUCUCUUCAUCACAUGAUGGAGGGCUUACAGCUGACAGUGCUGCUCAACAUUACUUAAACUGCUUGAAAGCCCUGACUGGUCCACAUAUGGAAAGGAAGCUAGACUUUGAGGAAGCAAUGAGACUUGAAAUUGAGCGCUUCAAGUUCAAUCUUUCUGCUGCUGACAGGGAUAGAACUUUAUUAUCGAUUGGAACUGAUCCUGCUACUAUAAAUCCAAAUGGGUUACUUGAUGAUUUGUAUAUGGCCCGACUAUGCAGAAUUGCAAGCAACCUUGCUAUUCUGGGGCAGGUUGCACUAGAGGACAAAGUUACUGCUGCAAUUGGUCUUGAGACCAAUGAGGAUGAUGGUAUAGAUUUCUGGAAUAUUACUAGAAUUGGAGAAACCUGCUCCAGUGCCAUGUGUGAAGUCCGUGCUGUAACCCAUCCUGCUGCAUGUAUACCUUCUAUAGUCCCUUCUGGAGGAGGUUCACAAUCUCAUUUUUCAUGUUCUCAAUGUGAAAGAAAGGUUUGUAAAGUGUGCUGUGCUGGAAAGGGCGCUCUUCUGCUCCCAAGCUACAACUCAAAGGAAAUGUCAGGUUUUAAUAAUUUGUUAAGCAGGAGUGGGUCAAGCCAUGGCAAUCAGACUGAUAGUGUACCUACAAACCGUUCAUCUAUAUUAAAUGGGGUCAUCUGUAAAGCAUGCUGCAGCAAUAUUGUGCUUGAUGCAUUAAUUGUGGAUUAUGUCAGGGUAUUGGUUAGCUUGCGGAGAAGUGCUCGUGCAGGCUGUGCUGCACAUGAAGCUAUAGAUGAUGUGAUAGGCCUCAGAUCAAUAGAUUAUCUUAUUGAAAGAAACAAAAUGUCUGAUGGUCAACAAGCUGCUGAGGUCUUGAAAAAGUUACUUAAUGGAGAGGAGUCACUUGCUGAAUUUCCACAUGCAAGCCUUUUGCAUUCGGUGGAAACAGCAGUAGGCUCAGCACCAUCCUUGUCUUUGCUAGCUCCAAUUGAUUCUGGACCACAGCAUGCAUAUUGGAGAGCUCCCCCUAGUAUUUCCUAUGCUGAAUUUGCUAUUGUUCUUAGCAAUCUUUCUGAUGUCUCUGGCGUAGUCUUACUUGUUAGUCCAUGUGGCUAUUCUACAGCAGACUCUCCCACUGUAAGCAUGUAACUGAAUUCCUAUUUCUACUUUCUCUCAUAUUUAUUCGAUGAAAAUGGUUAAUGGGGAUGUUUUUUCAAGUUUAUAUCUUAAUUUCUCCUACUCAUCAUUUGAUCGUCAUCAUAUGUAGAGGUAGUGAAGGUUAAAGUUGUAACU